AUUAUCAGUCAUCAAGUCCUGAUAUCAAACAAGCUUCCUGACGUUGUCCAAGUUAGCAACAGUUGACGAGGACUGUACAUGUAGAUCUGACAAUAGGAACAGGGGGAUUCUUACAGUGUCAUAAUACCACACUUUUUGGCAUAAUCGAUUAAUGCACAACAUAAGGAUUUGAUAAAUAAAUUGAAGGGAUUAUGGGGAUAUAACUGUAUAUUACUAGUACUGCAUUUCAAAGACAUUUUACAAAAUACAGAACAGUUCAAUAUUCAAGAUGGGUUGGAUUAUGGAACGAAUCCAAAGAGUGCAAGAUGCACUCUCCAACAUAACAUCUAGGAAAAAUGCCACAUGCGAUGCUCCAAAAACAAUGAAAUCUGAAAAUGAUCCCACAGUGUACUCAAAAUUCAUUGAUGGUGAUGAAUACAUAAAUGGAAUGAAGGUGAUCAAACGACUUGAUGGUGGUCUUGUAGUUGUUGAAAAUGAAGCUGGACAACAAAACUUGUUCAGACUUGCUACAGAGGAGUUACCUUCCCAGAGUGCUGAACCCGAUCUCCUAUUGUCUAAGCUUGAUAAAAAGGGGAAAGCAAUUGAUGAUGAUUGUGUGAGCUGUAAGGUGAUUGGGAGUGUUGUACCUCCUGCGGCUGGGCUGUACACCCUCUGGUUCUGGCGUAAGAAGGUGCCUGGAAUGAAAGGCUACAAUAAAAUCUGCUACACUGGUCUAUGCUUUUCAAUGAUAGCAUUGUCAAUCAGUAUUGGGGUCUGCAGGAUGUUUGAUCUGGGGCCAUUCAAAAAGGACUUUGAGCCAACAAGGGAAAACAUUUUAGACUCUGUGAAAAGUGAUUUAAAUCAGAUAAAAUCAUUUGUAAAUAGAAAGACAGAUUAA